AUGACGGAUCAGCAUUCAGCAGACCAGGCAUCGGGAAUCAAUGGACCCGGACAGCAGCGGUUUGUGCAGCAGCAGCAGCAUCAACAGCCUCCCGGAAUGCAGCAGCAGAAUAUUCCUCCCGGAGUGCCUCAAUGGAGCCCCACACAGCAGACUCGAACAGAUGCUAUUAUCGUGCAAAUAUUGCAGCAGCUUCAGCAACAACAGACCGUCACCAAUCAACUCCUCCAACAGCAGCGUGAAUCAGCCCAGCAGCAUCAGGGUUUUAUGCAGCAGCAAGAAAAUCUAUUCCGAAAUGCACUUUCGACUAUGCAAGUCAACGUUCCUCCCAAUCCCGAAGUUAUUCUGGACUCUUUGGCUGGAAAUAUUCGAGAGUUCCAAUACGAUCCAGAAAAUCACAUCACAUUCGCAGCAUGGUACUUGGACUUGUUUGCAAAGGAUGCGGAACGGCUCGACGACGAAGCCAAAGUAAGGUUACUGCUCCGAAGACUGGGUACGAAUGAGCACUACAGGUACGUCUCAUACAUCCUACCUAAUGCUCCAAAGGAUUUCACGUUCAUCGACACAGUGAAGAAACUGAAGGAACGUUUUGGCAUGAAAGAGUCCACAGUUAAGAAACGAUACUGUACAUUAACCGUCACGAAAGCCCCGACGGAGGACUAUGUUACGUUCGCUUGUCGGGUGAAUAAGAUGUGCGUGGAGUUCGAGUUGGCCAAAUUGACGGAAGAGCAUUUUAAAUGCGUCAUGUUCGUUUGCGGUCUGAAGUCGGAGUGCGAUGCGGAGGUACGCACCAGAUUGUUGACGAAAAUCGAAGACAACAACGAUGUCACCUUGGAAGCACUGAUGGAAGAGUGUCAGCGGCUGAUAAAUUUAAAGAGCGAUACUGCUAUGAUAGAAAGUCCUGGACGUGUUCAGAUCAUCAAGAGGAACUUUCAGCAACGGAAGCAGUAUGGUAAGCGGUUCAGAGAUCGUCCAAAAGAAUCACCAAGAAACGAAGAAGAACGCAAAAGUCCGGCAACUCCUUGCUGGAACUGUGAUGCGAUGCAUUUUUCUAACCACUGCGGUUUCAAGAGUCACAAGUGCGCCGACUGCAAACAGAUCGGCCAUAAAGAGGGCUAUUGCUCAAGCGCAAAGCGGUCUACGAAGGCAUCAAAAUAUCAGCCACGAAGGUUCUCCACCAAAACCGUUAUUACAUCGGUCAGCAGCGUCGAAUGCAAGCGUCGUUACGUGUGGGUAAAGCUGAACGGUACUCCUGUAAGAUUGCAGCUCGACACAGCGUCUGAUAUUACUAUCGUGUCCGAAAAGAUGUGGAAUCGGAUCGGCCAGCCAGCAGGUGUUCCUGCGAGUCAGACCGCCAAAUCAACAUCGGGAGAACAACUGGACCUGCAGUGUGAGUUCGUCAGUGACGUCGAAAUCAAUGGCACGACGCAUAGCGGACGCAUCUUCGUUUCUACACAUCCAUUGAAUCUGCUCGGAAUCGAUCUCAUCGACAAGUUCCAGCUUUGGUCAUUACCAAUGGAUAAAUUUUGUAAUUUCGUGGGUGGUUCCAAUGAUAUCGUUUCUCUGCAGAAAGCGUACCCGAAGCUGUUCAGCGAGACGUUGGAGCUUUGCUCCAAAUCUAAAAUUCAACUUUCGCUGAAGGAAGCGUGUAAGCCAGUCUUUCGUCCAAGAAGGCCGGUUUCGUACGCUAUGUUGCCAACUGUGGACAAAGAACUAGACCGACUAGAGUCUCUGCAAAUUAUUUCACCAGUGGACUAUUCAGAGUGGGCGGCUCCAAUAGUCGUUGUGCGAAAGGCCAGUGAUAAUGUUCGCAUAUGUGGCGACUAUUCAACUGGAUUAAACGAUCGGCUCCAGUCACACCAGUAUCCCCUUCCGCUGCCACAAGACGUCAUUUCGAAGCUCUCCAAUUGUACAGUGUUCAGUCAGAUUGAUUUAUCUGAUGCUUUUCUUCAGAUGGAAGUGGAGGAAAGCUGCCGCCAACUACUCACCAUCAACACCCAUCGGGGACUGUAUCAGUACAACAGGCUGCCUCCUGGUGUCAAAGCUGCGCCGGGAGCAUUCCAGCAGCUGAUGGAAACGAUGUUGGCAGGUCUUCCAUGUACUGCAGGCUACCUAGACGACGUGGUUGUGGGAGGCAAAGAUACUAACGAACAUCAGCGUAAUUUGCAUGCAGUGCUGCAGCGGAUUGAGCAAUUCGGAUUCACAAUUCGGCCGGAAAAAUGCUCAUUUGGCCAGCAGCAAAUCCGUUACCUGGGUCAUAUCUUAGAUCGUCAUGGGCUUAGACCAGAUCCAGCUAAAAUCCAAGUCAUAAAGGACCUAACGCCACCGAAGGACAUCACGGGAGUACGCUCCUUCCUGGGAGCCAUAAAUUAUUACGGAAAAUUUGUUCCAAACAUGCGGGCUCUCAGGUUUCCGCUAGAUCAGCUCCUGAAGGAUUCAUCAGCAUUUGUGUGGACGCGCGAGUGCCAGCAGGCGUUUGAAAAAUUCAAAAAAAUUUUGUCGUCAGAGCUGCUUUUAGCACAUUAUGACCCGAAGCUGGAAAUAAUUGUCUCGGCGGACGCAUCUUCCAUCGGCAUUGGGGCAACAAUAAGUCACAAGUAUCCUAAUGGCCACGUUAAAGUGAUUCAACAUGCAUCUCGUGCGCUUACACCGGUUGAACAGCGCUACUCGCAAAUUGACCGGGAAGGAUUGGCAAUAAUUUACGCUGUUACUAAAUUCCACAAAUUUAUCUAUGGGAGACGGUUUCGGCUUCAAACCGACCAUGCACCGCUUCUCAGAAUUUUCGGGUCCAAAAAAGGGAUUCCGAUCUAUACAGCCAAUCGCCUUCAACGGUGGGCAUUAUCGUUGCUCUCCUACGAUUUUUCGAUCGAGUACAUUCAGAACGACAAGUUCGGCAAUGCUGACGUUUUGUCCCGUCUUAUCGACCAACACACCAAACCGGAUGAGGACGUCAUAAUUGCAUGUACCACCUUGGAAGAAGAUUUGAGGUCAGUAGCAAUCGAUAGUACUAAUCAACUACCUCUCAGUUUUAGUAUGGUUGAAAGAGCAAUGGCAUGCGAUCCGUUGCUUCGAAAAGUUCACCGCUUCAUCCGUGAGGGCUGGCCCAAAUCUAGGUCGGAAGGUCAAGAUUGGGAGAUGUCUCGGUUCUUCGAUCGCCAGGAAGCUCUGUCAGUCGUUCAAGGCAGCAUAAUGUUCGGCGACAGACUGGUAAUCCCGACUGCCUUCCGGAGGCGGUGCCUCAACCAACUACACAGGGGCCAUCCAGGCAUACAGCGUAUGAAGGCCAUCUCACGUAGCUUCGUGUACUGGCCGGGACUUGACGAAGAGAUUGUGAGCUUCGUUAAGGGUUGUCAUCACUGCGCAUCUGUAGCACGGCCCCCUCCGAAAGCGGAACCGGAGUCGUGGCAUUCCACAACGGCUCCUUGGCAGGGAGUCCAUACAUACUACGCGGGUCCUCUGGACGGAGAAUAUUAUUUGCUAGUCAUCGAUGCGCACACCAAGUGGCCAGAGAUCUUCCCGACAAAACAAAUAACAUCGAAGGCCACGAUCAAUCUAAUGCGUACGUUGUUUGCAAACAAGGGCAUGCCUGAGAUUCUCGUGACCGAUAACGGAACGCAAUUUAAGAGUGCUGAGUUCAGUGAGUUUUGCUGCGAGAACGGAAUCCGGCACACAACAACGGCUCCAUUUCAUCCGCAAUCAAACGGUCAAGCUGAAAGAUUUGUGGAUACUUUCAAGCGGGCCGUUAAAAAAAUUCAGGUGGGAGAAGGCUCGAUAAGGCAAGCACUGGACAUUUUCCUCCUCACUUACCGUUCCACGCCGAAUCCAAAUGUUCCAGGAGGGAAAUCCCCAGCAGAGGCGAUGUAUAACCAACCGUUGAGAAUAUCGCUAGACCUUCUACGUCCACCGUCGACCUCAGAACCAUCAUCAAACCGCAAGGGUACAGCCACCGCGCGGUCUUUCAGUCCGAAAGAUUCCGUAUAUGCAAAAAUAUAUGCCAACAACAAAUGGUCUUGGAUUCCAGGAACUGUAGUAGAAAGAAUCGGCACAGUUAUGUAUAAUAUCUGGGUGGAAAACAAGAAAUUAGUCAGGUCACACAUCAACCAGCUCAGAGAACGAUCUGCUACGGGAACAACAACAAAGGAGCAGACUAAGCAAGGUCUGCCGCUCAACAUUUUGCUCGAUGAGUGGAAGCUAUCACUGCCAACAUCAGCAGCAUCCCCGUCUGCUCACCACUUGUCGGAAACGGAAGUCAUCGAACAAACUCAAUCCACGCUAGUUCGUCCAUCAUCCCCAACAUCACCAAAUAGCAUCCGAUCAGCGACAUCUUCUUCUUCAUCACCAUCGACGGCAUUUGAGUCUGCCGUUGAAAAUUCACCUAUGGUUCAGCUACCUCGGCGAUCUUCUCGAACCAGAAGGUUGCGGUGGCCUUCCAGGGAAACUAAAGAUUCUAGGAGGGAGAUGUUGGAGACAACUGGCAAUACCACAGAGGAUCUACCACUUGGGCUCGCCAGUGACAGAUUCAACUGUCACUUGUAUCGACGUCACGAGUGA